CUCAUCAAAUCCUUGAAGAGAGCAGAGGGGGAAAAAUACAUAAAUAAUACCAUGGUGAGAUCGGUACGUGUUGUGGAUCGACCCAUGGAUACACGUUCUCAGGAAUCGCCUGCUAUAGGAUUCAGAAACAGCGAAGAAACGCACGGCUUUAAUCUACUUUUGAUUUCUUUUAAGCACUAAAGCGCGACCGACCGAGGCUCAAUCGGGGCCAAGCAGAUACGUUUUCUUUUUCAUUUUUAAAGAGGCCACGCAAGAUGGCAGAUGACAGAAAUCAGUAGCGAGAACGGAUCCGUUUCCACUUUAAAAUAUGAAUGGCAGUUGGUAUAUUUUUGGACCUGUGUCGGAAAUAGGACAUUAAAGGCAUUUUUUUUUCAUCGCCUUUUUUUCGGACAUGGAGACAGGUCCCGCGCGAUAGGGAAAUGAGACGAAGUGUUCUAAAUGUAGCGUUUAAGGAUACAUUCUGAAAAGCAGACCGUUUCAUUCUGCGCUACAUUGUUUCCUUCGCUAACGCCUUUUUGGAACGCUUUGAAGAGAUCAAAGUGAAGGCGCUUGGCAGUCCAGUGUUCUCUCCAGAGUUGGGAGUAUAUUGACUGGUUACAUACCAGUGUAUGUUUUCUGUAUGUUCCUUUGUUAUCAUGAGGGGGAAGUGUAGUGUGCCCGUAGUCUACACAUAUGUUUAAGAAUAUUCAGGUUUAUAUCGUUAUUUUGUAUAAAAUUAAAAUAUAUAGCUACUGUUUUUGCCAACGUAAAUGUAAAACACGCAUAUUUUAAGCGUAAUGCACGUAUGAGCUAUAUUGAAUGCUCACAGACGUGGUACGUUCAGAACGAUUAUAAUCCUCUUUGGGAAUAAAAUCCGUGUCAUUGUGGUGCUAUUUCAAAAGACGCUCGCACUGAAUAACUAUAACAUUGUCAUACAUUAAAAAUAAAAUAACAAAAAUCUUCUGGUGAGAAUAAUAAUUUACUUUCACAAGGUUUUGCCAGUUUAUUGCUCGAGGCUGUUCUCGAAAAAGGGCCUAUCAGCGUGUCGUUAUCUAGUAAACCAGGAGCUGUCAGGCAGGUCGAGCAGAUGUGUCAGUAGUCUGGCAUAUUCAUAGUCGUCAUAGAUAAAUAUUGGGCACAGGGUUCAUCGCUACACAUACUGAAUAUAAACUAGAGGGUUGUAUCUAAAGUCACACGACAGAAAAGUCCACUUUCGUGCUUUGACAGGAACACAACUUUCUCCAGACGCCUACAGUUGCCACGAACAUGAAGAAGUGGGUGGUGUAAUGAUGUUGCCUUGAGCAAAAAAGUGUGUGCUGUAUGAAAGUAUACUCUCUUGGCUCUCAUUGGCGCAACAAUAAGGUUUCUUAGAACUUCUGAUAAAAGAAGGCCCUUUUGGUUGACACUUCACCCACCACAGUUUCACAGAGAUUGACAGAGGAACAGUCUUGACUUAAAAGAACUUCUAAGAAGAACACCUCGAGAGGGGUUUAAGGCCGGUUUGUGUCUUGACUUUAAAGAUUUAGGCAAGUUGUGAACUCAAAACCCUCAAAGAUGGCAGAGAAUUGGAAAAACUGUCUUGAGGAAGAGCUUGUAUGCCCUAUUUGUUUGAAUGUCUUCUCGGAGCCAGUUCAGCUCCCUUGCAAACACAACUUUUGCCGAAUGUGUAUAAAUGAGGCCUGGUCGAAAGAUACAGGGAUAGUUCGCUGUCCAGAGUGCAACCAUGCCUACACUCAAAAACCAACUCUGGAGAAGAACCACAAACUGUCCAACAUUGUGGAAAAGUUCAACGCGUUGAACGUUGAGAAGACACCAGCAGUCUUGCACUGCAUCCUGUGUCGCCGUGGUCCUCCACUUCAAGCUCAGAAGGUUUGCCUUAGGUGUAAUGCACCCUGCUGCCAUUCUCACGUUCAGACCCAUCUCCAACAACCUUCUUCCAAUGCUGGACACUUAUUGGUGGACGCCGAGGACGUUCGGGCCUGGAGUUGUCCACAGCAUGAUGAGUACAGACUGUAUCAUUGUGAAACUGAGCAUGUGGCCGUGUGCCAGUACUGCUGCUUCUCCAGAUGUGCUACCAACCAUGGUCACGCUGUGUGCGAUAUAGAAGUCCGACGUAACGAUAUCAGGCAAAUGCUGAUUAAACAGCAGGACCGGAUUGAGGACCGGGUACAAGACAUAGAGGAGCAACUCUACAAACUGGAAUCUGACAAAUGUCUCUUGGAAGACAAAGUGCAACACCUGAAGGAGGAGGUGCAGCUGCAGUAUCAGAAGAUGCAGCAGCUCUUAGAGGAAGAUCUGGGGAGGACCCUGGAGGUUCUGGAUAAGGCCCAUUCUAAGUUCUGCCAGGAUAACUCAGCACAGGCCCUCCAGCUUCAUCAGAAACAGCAAGAGGCCAAGAAGCUGCUCAGCUCCAUCCAGAUGAUUUUUGAUAAGGCAGAGGACAUCGGUUUUAUGAAGAAUACAAAGUCUGUGAAAAUACUAAUGGACAGGUCUCAGUCUUAUGUGGGUAGCACAUUGUCACCGUACAAAGUGGGCAGCCUCAACUCCAAACUCUUCCUGUCGGAAAUCUCUAAAAGAGAGAAAAACCUCUGCAAGAUUCUAGAAGCUCCAUUCAGUGCUCCUGCAAACUUUUUCCAGAGUAUCCCAGCAUACCUGUGCGAGAAGCGCAGGCAUUCUGUGGCGUUCCCUGAAGGUAGCGGAAGCAGCCGAGCAGGGGCUAGCUUCAUGGACUCUUCAUCAGGCCCUGUGGCUGCUAAGCAACCUUGCCUGAGUCUCACUCAGGGCUCUGCCCCGGUUGAGGGCCAGUCCUCCCAGCAAGCUCUGGGGCCAUGCAGCUCUGCCCAGCACGUAGGAAGCAGCAGCUCAGCAUCUGGCUCUCAACCCUUACCACACUCCACCUCUGUGUUCCCUCACUCCCAUUACCCAAACAGCAGUGCCUCUCAGCUGUCCCAGUACGGAGCACGGAAGAUCCUGAUGUGCACCGUUGAUAACUGUUACUGCUCAGGGGUGCCCUCCGUGUCCAACCACCGUGGACAUCCACCCUACCCUCGCUCCAGUUCCUUCCCCUGGCCAGUGAGCUCGCAGGAGUACUCGCAUGCCCCUUUGCCCUCCACCCCUGCCAUGUCCCAGCCUCUCCAGAGCCUGUCCAUGCGCGACUGGAUCGAUGCCUCGCAGUCGCACAGGCACUCUGACUUCUACAGCCUGUACGGCCAGUCUUCCACCAAGCAUUAUGUCACCAGUUAACCUCUGCUCCAGUGGCUGCUGCCAGUCACCAAGAUGGGGCUUAUUUUUCCGCUGAGAGAUAUCUUAAAGGAAUCGUUCACACAAAAGUGAAAAGCCAUAAUUUUCCUACUCGUAUCACUCCAAACACUUAUGGCUUUCUUUCUUCAGUGGAACACAAAGAGAACAUUUGAAAAAUCUUCACAUGGCUUUUAGCUAUACAAUAAAAGUGAAUAGUGACUCUCAUAGUAAAAUAGGUCUACAGAAGUUCACUCUGUACAUGUGUUUUAAGCAACAUUAGAUUGAGUAAAUAAUGACAGAAUUUUCAUUUUUGGGUGAUCCAUUCCUUUAGAGUUGCAUGAGGGGCAUUUUGUACACAGAUCUUAUCAAUCGUUUAGAAUGAACUGCUGAAGUCUGAAAGCAGUAAAAGUUAAUAUCACAGUCAAGCAUAGCUUUGCACAUUAUUUAGGCACUAAUCAGUGUUGUGAUUAUGUACCAUGAAUGCAAGUUGCUCUUCUUAAAAAUAACACUCACUAUUUGCAAGAUUCAGAAAAAUGGAGGAUGCUGUCAUUUGUUGAAUCAUCAGAAAUGUUGCACUUUCUUUGCAAAAAGUCAGAUUUUCGCAAUUACUCUUGACUCAUUCGGUGAAACAAUGAAAGUCAGCAGUAAAACGAUUAACUCAGCUCUUAAUGAAACAUAUAGUCACUUAGGGCAAUUUACUUUUGAGAGAAUUGUAGCCCACAAAGUUUUAUUAACAUCACAUGGUUAUCAUUAAUUAGAACACCCAUGUGCAACAUGGGCGAAAUCUCUGUAUAGUUUCCCCAACCUUCCAUAUUUCAGUGUUCUUUUGUUUAAAUUGGAGUCUGUGGUAUUUUAAUUCAUCACAAAUGGCACAAACACAUGUUAGCUGAGAUGUUUAAGGUUUUAACAGACAUGGUAGGAAAAUCAAACAGCACAGCAUUGUCAUUGUUGCUAUUGUUUGUUUUGCUUGAACUUCCCUACUGAUCAUGUUCAUGGUCCUCUGGUGCUUCAUAGGCUUCCAAAGUAACAGGCCUUGACCAGUUCGUGAAUGCAUCCCCAACCACAACAUUAAGUCUCGUCCCCAUCCAGAUGGUGCUGUCUCUCUCUCACGCCCUUCAAAGCCACAGAAAUGCUCCCCUUUACAUCCUGUAUGUUUAACGCAGGAUGUAUUGGUUUUGCAUUCUUUUGCUUAUCCAUGGCCUCUCAUUAUAUCUGACUCAACAGUGGCUUUAGCGUUAACGUGUCAUUCGAAGACAGAAUGGCCUGUUUUCAGAGGGUCACCAUGCACUUGAUGCCUCUGCAUUUGCUGUUAAUGCUGUAAUUGUUCUUCCUUGUGUUACAUGCCACUUCCGGCUCUAAGCAACAGAGCCUUUGGGUUCCUGUUUGUUCCUGAGUGCAUGUGGAAAAGAGUUUAUGAGCACUCGUAGAAAAAUAAUAAAACUGCUAGCAGUUAUAAAAUGACUUUUGAAACAGGGAAUGGAUUUUUUUGUUUUUAGAUCAAGUUAUGUAAAAGAAACUUUGACCAAUGAGCUUUACGAAACUAACUAAAAGACUGGGGGUAAAAUGGAGGGAAGAUUUUCUGUUGUAAAUAUUUUGUGAAAUGACAAAUAAAGACUUGUAAUUUGGAAAGGACCUUGUUCAAAAUAAAUGCUAAUUUCAA